AUGACUAACACCAGUCAAGGCGAAGCACCCUCCUACAACGACGGAGGCAAUGCUGCGUCUUUUCUGCCGACCAGCAUGCCUGAAAAGAAACGCAGGCGCCCUCCGCUGGCCUGUGAGCAGUGCCGAAGGCGGAAGAUAAAGUGUGACAGGAAUUCUCCUUGUGGACAUUGUACCAGAGCACGCAUCCCCAACUGCACAUACGCUCCUGCUCAUAUUCCGGCAUCCAAGAACAAGAGCAACUCAUCUUCCGGACUGCAGAGCGCCAGUACAAGCGGUGUAUCACACCGACCAGUGCGACCAGCUCCGUCUUUAGACGCAGGAGGUGCAACAGGAGACAACAGUGCGGUCGCCACAGACGUUCCUCCUACAUCCAAGCACUCGUCAAGUGCACCCAGUUCAAAUGUUGGUUCAACCUCUGACACAUCCAAUGUAGAUUGGUUGGUUGCCAGAGUCCAUGAACUCGAAGAUAAGCUCGCCAGUGUUGUUCAUAUCAGCGACCCUAAAGGAAAUGAUCCGUUUGCCACAAACAAAGGAGAUUCCGUGGCCCCCUUGGCCGGAACCAUUUCCAAAACAAGAUACUUUGGAAACAGUCAUUGGAUAAAUGUGACUGAUUUGCUUCCUACAGAGUUCGCCUUACUUGGGCGUGCUGAAGCAGAGAAAGACGAUGUAUAUCACGCAUUGGUCAAGUGCAAGACCUUGGGGCGCAAAAUCAAGAAGAACCGGCAGCGGCCCUUGUCUUCUGAAAAGCUUGGCAGCUCAAUUCCAUUGAGGGAGCUGGCAGAUCAACUAGUCGACAAUUACCUGCGCACUUUUGAGGGUGUCAUGCGGAUUCUCCAUAUACCAACAUUCCGCCUCGACUAUGAGAGGUAUUGGCAAAAUCCCAGUGCUGCAAAUAUGUCCUUUGUCAUUCAACUUCAGCUCUGUAUGGCUCUGGGAGCCACGAUCCACGACGAAAUCUUUUCCAUGAGGGCCAUGGCAAUGCACUGGGUCUACGAAGCGCAGCUAUGGCUGAUGCUACCCCCGGAAAAGAGCAAGAUGACUAUUACAGGCAUACAAAUAUUGUGUCUCUUAGUGAUGGCCAAAUCCUGCUGCGGCGUUGGCCAAGACCUCACUUGGGUGACAAUGGGCAGCCUAGUCAGAAUGGCCAUGUACAUGGGACUCCAUCGCGAUCCGAAACGCCUUGGGAAAAUGACAAUGUAUAGGGCUGAGAUUCGGCGUCGCCUAUGGGCAACAAUCCUCGAGUUAAACUUACAGUGUGCUUUCGAGGCUGGCGGCUCGCCGUUGCUUCAAAACACAGACUACGAUACCGAGCCUCCAGCAAACUUAAAUGACAACCAGUUAGUUGACGAAAAUGAUGGCGAGGCUCUUUGUGGCCAGCCUUCUGAUAUACCAACCCAGUCCUCUGUCCAGCUUGCCAUACUCAAGUCCCUGCCACUGCGGCUCAAUCUCAUCAGACUCAUCAACGACUUCCGAGCAUCACGUCCCUACGAUGAGAUAUUGCGGCUGAAUUCUGAGCUUACCAAGGCCUGCCGGGAAUUGUCGCACAAGCUAUCCUGUCUUCAUACCAAGGACGUCAAUUCAGGAGGUACAACAAUCAACUACUUUCACGUCUCGGUAGCGGAACUGUUCCUGUACCGGUUUUUCCAUGCUCUUCAUCAAACGGCCAUUGCGAAAUCUUUCAACGAUCAUCGAUUUUACUUUUCUAGGAGGAUGUGCUUAGACAGUGCACUGAAACUUCUUAACCUUUGGGGCUUGUCGGGGCAACGUAUGAAUACAGGAACGAAGGGCCAGAUGGAUUUCAAGCGCAUUGUUGACAAUGGAUCUGGACUUUUCCGGUACAUUGGUGUGCAAUCACUAUUCUUCGUCGCGGUAGAGCUUAUUCAUCAGAAACAAGGCCAGUCUGUCAGCCUCGGUUAUCUCCCAUCCAUCGGAGACUCUGACCUGAGGGCGUGCCUGGAAUCUGCAAAGAUUUGGACUCUGGAGCGGGUUCGAGCUGGAGAGACCAACGGCAAAGGCCACUGCUUCGUGGCAGCAUGUCUUGGGCAUAUUGACGCCCUCACCGCGGGCUUGCCGCAAGAGCAGGUUGACAAGGCGAUUCUGCGAGCCGCAACGGAAUCGGCGAAUCGGUGCUUGGUUGCUCUCAUGGAGGUGGCGAAGAGGGAAGGAGUGCCAUCUGAGGAGUCAACGCCUGAGCCGACGGAAAUGGACGGUGUUACGACUACGCCUCUCGAGUGGAUGGGAGAUUGGGCAUGGGAUGAUAUGGACGGCAUGUCGUGGGAGCAAUGGUCGCAGAAUACAUUUGGCGGGCUGGAGCAGAGUCUUCCUGGACACUUCUAG